GUUGCGUUGAUUUAAGAUUUUUGUUACAGCAACAGGAAGCAUUCCAGUGAGCACUCUGCUUGCUGAAGGACUGCUGUCACCUCUCCAGCUCUGCCUCCCAGGGCAGGUCAUUCAAAUGAAAUCAAAUUAUCCCUCCCUCUGGUUGCCAGAGCCACUAAGUCAGAGCUCAGAGGGAAGGGACGGCAUCUGCCCUGCGCUUAUGCCCUCCUCUGCCUUCCAGGUGCCCGUUCUCGCUGCACGAUGUCCUGCUACGACCUGUGCCUGCCCGCCUCCUGCAGCCCCAGGCCACUGGCCACCAGCUGCAACGAGCCCUGCUACCGGCGCUGCUGGGACUCCACCACCGUCAUCCAGCCCCCCACUGUGGUGGUGACCUUGCCUGGGCCCAUCCUCAGCUCCUACCCGCAGAGCACCACGGUGGGGUCCACAGCAUCGGCAGCAGUCGGGAGCUACCUCCGGUGCUGCGGGGUGCCAGUGGCCUCCGGUGGCACACGGGGGCUGGGGAAAGGGGCCUUGCUGUGCCUCGGGGGUGGGCUGUAG